GCCCUCUUAAAUCUGGAAGCCUUCGCGUUACAACUUCAACUCCAGCCAAAAGAUCACAACAAGCAAAAUGACUGAAAACUACGUACCUCCUAAUCAGCAGCGCAACCUCCGCGCAUGCAUGGUCUGCUCAAUCGUCAUGACCCAAAACCGUUUUAUGCGAGAAGGGUGCCCCAAUUGCGAGGAUUUUCUCCAUCUGCAAGGAUCUAUGGAAGCGAUCAUCGACUGCACAUCUCAAGUGUUCGAAGGUCUCAUUACACUGGCCGAUCCAUCCAAAUCUUGGGUCGCGAAAUGGCAGCGGUUGGAUGGAUAUGUGAGAGGUGUUUAUGCGACGAAAGUUAAUGGACAACUACCGGAAGAGAUCGUUUCGACAAUGGAGGAAGAAGCGAGGGUCAAAUAUAUUCCGAGAGAUGGAAGUGCUACGGAAGCGGAUUAAGAGAUUUGAGAGAUGAUUUUCAAGCAAAGAGCUUGCGAGAUCAAGCCACAUACAAUCACAUCGCUCUAGAGGCGUCUGUUUUCAAGCAUAAUAGGACUAUAGUCAUCAUGGGUUUUACUGAUUUUUAUUAGGUCAACUACUACGCUUUAUGGGAUAGGAAUUUGGAUCUGGACACAGGGUGCAUAAUGUUCGUAGCGUGAAGGAGUUAAAAGGAGUUUGGAUAUGGUAUUAGAACAACUACAAAGAAAUGAGAUAAGGAAAAGCUCUGAAGCAUCUGAAUGAAUCAAGCCGUAUCAAUUGCCCGACA